AAAUAGCUGAGAAGGAGAAAAACGGAAAAAAACCCGCCAUCCCUUUUGUGGAGCCUUCUGCAGGGGUUCAGGAAUUUCAACAGAGUGAUCUUUUGGCAUAAACUGUUUUUUCAAGAGACAUUCCUGCCAUUAUGAAUGAAGUAGCAAUAGUGAAGGAAGGGUGGCUUCACAAACGAGGAGAGUACAUAAAAACAUGGAGGCCGCGGUAUUUUCUUUUAAAGAACGAUGGCACAUUCAUUGGCUACAAGGAACGACCGCAGGAUGUCGACCAGCGGGAAUCACCUUUAAAUAACUUCUCAGUAGCUCAGUGCCAGCUGAUGAAGACAGAACGACCUAAACCAAACACAUUUAUCAUUAGAUGCCUCCAGUGGACCACAGUAAUUGAAAGAACAUUUCAUGUGGAGACUCCAGAGGAGCGGGAAGAAUGGACAAAAGCCAUCCAAACAGUAGCAGACAGCCUCAAGAAACAAGAGGAAGAGAUGAUGGAUUUUAGAUCUGGCUCUCCCAGUGAUAAUUCAGGUGCUGAAGAAAUGGAAGUUUCUAUGACAAAGCCAAAACACAAAGUGACCAUGAAUGAGUUUGAAUACCUUAAACUACUGGGAAAAGGAACUUUUGGAAAGGUCAUUUUAGUUAAAGAAAAAGCAACUGGACGGUAUUAUGCUAUGAAAAUUCUGAAGAAGGAGGUUAUUGUAGCAAAGGAUGAAGUAGCGCACACGCUGACAGAAAACCGUGUUUUACAGAACUCACGGCAUCCAUUCUUAACAGCCUUAAAGUAUUCCUUUCAGACACAUGAUCGCUUGUGUUUUGUUAUGGAGUAUGCUAAUGGAGGGGAGUUGUUUUUCCAUCUGUCAAGAGAGCGUGUCUUUUCUGAGGACCGGGCUCGGUUUUAUGGAGCUGAGAUUGUUUCAGCACUGGAUUAUCUGCAUUCAGAGAAGAAUGUGGUUUAUAGAGAUUUGAAGUUGGAAAAUCUUAUGCUGGAUAAAGAUGGACACAUAAAAAUAACAGACUUUGGACUAUGUAAAGAAGGCAUCAAAGAUGGAGCAACGAUGAAGACUUUUUGUGGCACUCCGGAGUAUCUUGCACCAGAGGUGCUGGAAGAUAAUGACUAUGGUCGUGCAGUGGACUGGUGGGGUUUAGGAGUUGUGAUGUAUGAAAUGAUGUGUGGCCGGCUCCCUUUCUACAAUCAGGACCACGAAAAGCUCUUUGAACUCAUCCUUAUGGAGGAGAUUAGAUUUCCACGCACUUUGUCACCUGAAGCAAAAUCUCUCUUGUCAGGAUUGCUGAAGAAAGAUCCUAAGCAAAGGUUAGGUGGCGGUCCUGAUGAUGCCAAGGAGAUUAUGCAGCACAAAUUCUUUGCUGGCAUUGUUUGGCAAGACGUAUACGAGAAAAAGCUUGUACCUCUGUUUAAGCCACAAGUUACAUCUGAAACAGAUACGAGAUACUUUGAUGAAGAAUUUACAGCACAGAUGAUAACAAUCACUCCUCCUGACCAAGAUGACAGCAUGGAUUGUGUAGAUAACGAGCGAAGACCUCAUUUUCCUCAGUUCUCCUAUUCAGCCAGUGGAACCGCUUAAUGUUUUGCAAUGUUUUCCCAUUCAGAAACAAAACAGACUGCAUUUUGGGGACCUUACUUCAAUGGACACUAGAGAACUUUCUAUAUUAUCUGAAUUACAAACUGUGUUUGUAUUACGAUUUAGAUGAAUUUGUAGGAAGCCUCACAGAUUCUGUAUUUAAAACAAUUCUUUGAUGCAUUUUUGAGAAGGAAAACAAAUCCAUUCUUAAAGUAUUAUGUCAAGGCUUUUAUGCUGAAUGACCAUAGGUUUUUAAGAAUACACACCAAAACUGUUUACUUUAGAAAUAAUUAAGGUAUUCAACAUAUCAGCAGCUCUGACCAGAAAAUCCCCUUACUUUAUUUAUUUCAUACAGUUCAUUAUCUAAAUAUAGAAUCUGCACUCUGAACAAUUAGAUUUAUAUAGGAAGAUAUAAGACUUUAGUAGCUAGUGCAAUAAUAUAAGCAACAAAGUGAACAAACUCUGGAGGGUUAAGGUUCAAACUCAUUUUGGACAGCAGUGAAGUGUCAUCCAACUCCAGAAAACCAGCUAUAGGAACAGCAUUAAUGGCCUCAGUGAGGUAAAUCAAAAAGCAAAAGUUAUUUUUGUUAUAACAUCUGCUACAAGACAUUACAUAUCA